AUCCCAAACCUGACUCGUUCCCCUCGACUCCAAUCUCUCGUCCUUACCACCACCAUGUCCCUUCCUGCCCGCUCUGCUCGUGUCGCUGUACGCGCAGCAUCUCGCUCUGCUGCAACCAAAAAUAUUGUCAAGGCGAGGGCCUUUUCCGUCUUGACCCGCUCACCCGCGGCGGCAAAACGCCAGCCUGUCCACAUCCUCUCGCGUGGUAUCAAGACCCUGGACUUUGCUGGAACUAAGGAGGUCGUCUACGAGCGCGCCGACUGGCCCCUGCCCAAGCUCCAGGAAUAUUUCAAGAACGAUACCCUUGCCCUCAUUGGGUAUGGCUCCCAAGGCCAUGGUCAGGGACUCAAUGCCCGCGACAAUGGAUUGAAUGUCAUCGUCGGCGUGAGGAAGGAUGGAGAGAGCUGGAAACAGGCAAUCGAGGACGGCUGGGUUCCUGGAGAGACCCUCUUCCCGAUCGAAGAGGCCAUCAACAAGGGAACAAUCAUCAUGAACCUUCUCUCAGAUGCUGCCCAGUCCCAGACAUGGCCAGAACUUGCCCCCCUGAUCACCAAGGGAAAGACCCUCUACUUCUCUCACGGGUUCUCGGUGGUGUACAAGGACCUCACCCACGUUGUGCCCCCGGCCGAUGUUGAUGUUAUCCUCGUGGCCCCCAAGGGCUCUGGAAGGACCGUCCGCACCCUCUUCAAGGAAGGCCGCGGCAUCAACUCGUCCAUCGCCGUCUUCCAGGACGUGACUGGCAAGGCCAAGGAGAAGGCGAUCGCCCUCGGCAUCGCCGUCGGUUCCGGCUAUCUCUACGAGACCACCUUCGAGAAGGAGGUAUAUUCUGAUCUGUACGGCGAGCGUGGUGUUCUCAUGGGUGGUAUCCAGGGUAUGUUCCUUGCCCAGUACAAGGUUCUUCGGGAGAACGGCCACUCCCCCUCGGAAGCCUUCAACGAGACCGUUGAGGAGGCUACCCAGUCUCUCUUCCCUCUGAUCGGCGAGAAGGGCAUGGACUACAUGUACAACGCCUGCUCCACCACUGCGCGUCGUGGUGCUCUUGACUGGGCCCCCAUCUUCGAGGCUGCCAACCGCCCGGUCUUCGAGAAGCUCUACGAGUCAGUGAAGAACGGCACGGAGACCAAGAAGUCGCUCGAGUUCAACGGCCGCAAGACGUAUCGCCAGGACCUGGCGAAGGAACUGAAGGAGAUUGACGACCAGGAGAUCUGGCGUGCCGGUAAGACCGUCCGCAGCCUGCGCCCUGAUGCCAAAUAGAUCCAUUCUGCGGCAUAAAAUUUGCGUUUCGCAAUAUAUUCGUGGCAUGUUAUGAUCGAUUUAUUCUUGGUUGCAUGUGCAUACACACUACUGCUGUCGUCCGUAGUCCCAAUUACAGCCUCAUGACAGC